UACAAAAAUGCUGCUCGAUAAGGAUUACCCUGGCUGGAGAAAAAAACCAAGCUGUUUGCUAACCUUUCCGCUUCCGCUCGAACCAACGCCAAAUAAGAUGCAACUUUUCAAGAAUCAGGCCGGUUGGACGCACGUUUUCGGCCAAAACUACCCCCUAGUUCGGCACACCACCGUAGUCCACCCAUUUGCCCGUAAACCCAUCCACCCGAACAAGGGCAAGUGUAGCUGGCGUAGGAUCCGUCCCGGGUUGCGACGACUGUUUCUGGAGUUCUGCUCCAACACUACGAUCCACGGAUGGCGCAACAUUGAAGCGGCGAAAUCACUGCUGGAACGCGCCUGGUGGACGAUCGUGCUGGCCAUGUCCGUGUUUGGCUGUGCCGUUUUGAUUCAGAACGUGUAUCACAAGUGGGACCAACAUCCGGUGAUUGUGAGCUUCGAUGAUACGCCCACUUCGGUGUGGAGUGUUCCGUUUCCGGCGAUCACCGUGUGUCCGGAGGCGAAGAUCAGAAUGGAAGUGAUGAACUUUACCGACGAUUUCUACACGUACUUUCAUAGCAACGAAACCAUGAGUGAGAUGAGACAAGACCAACUGAUGGCGGUUUUGCAGAUUUGUGACGAAUUUUUCCAUAGAUUUGAAGCCUAUCAAGAAAAAUAUCCCAACAACUCGAUGGACGUAGUGAAGGUGUUUAGGAAAGUUUCAGUACGGAUGGAUAAAACUGUAAUUUGGUGCAGGCAAGGGGGCAAGUUAUGCGCUGAAGACUUUACUCAUAGCCUCACUGAGGAAGGAAUUUGUUUCACCUACAAUGGCUUAUCGCAAGAGGACAUGUUCAACGAUGGUGUCCUGCAUGAGGAGUACCGGAUGAAUCUGGCAAGCUACAACAGUGACGUCGAAGCCCAUUGCGUUGAAGAGCAGGGAUUCAAAGUGGUUCUGCACUCACCGGACGAAUAUCCACUUCCGUUUGCCAAGUACGUACUGCUGCCCCUAGAUCGAGACAUCAACAUCGCAAUCCGUCCAGAAAUUAUGGUCACAGCUUCCGAGCUGGCAAGCUACUCCCCGAUCCGUCGGCAGUGCUACUUUAGCCACGAGCGUGAACUCAAGUUCUUUCGAGUGUACAAUCAGAACAACUGCGAGCUUGAAUGUCUCACCAAUUUCACACUGGCCAGGUGUGGUUGCGUUAAGUUCUCGAUGCCAAGAUCUGCCGGCACUCGAGUUUGCAGCACAGCUGAACAAAAGUGUAUCAUGGAAGCACACCAUAACAUGCUCAAGGUGUUGUCCGAAAGCCGCAUGAACAACAAGCUGAUCGUUUCAGCUUGUAACUGCAUGUCAGCCUGUAGCUCGAUCAACUACCUAACCGAAGUAACUCAAACCACCUAUGACUACAUUGAAACCAUCGGGCUGCGAUUGACUCCCUUGAAACCAGACGCGGUCAAGCGGUUGGAAAACAUGGAAUCGUCCAAAGUGAGCGUCUACUUCAAGGGGGCCGAGUUCAUCGGGUCCCGUCGGAACGAAAUCUUCGGCCUGACGGACUUUAUCGCCAACUGUGGCGGCAUCCUGGGACUCUGUCUGGGGGCAAGCUUUGUGAGCUUGGUAGAACUGCUGUACUACUGCGUCGCCCGGCCACUGCAGCUGGUGUCAAAGUCUACGGGGCGCAAACGAAAGGUCGUCAUUGUGCAGGAAAAGGGCUAUGAGCGAUACUGAUGGUGAAUACAAAGAAAGUCCACAAUCCAACUGAACAAAUUUAGCAGUUUAUUUUGUUGUGUUAUUCCAUCGUGUUAAAAAAGCAAUUAAAAGUCGUCUUAAAGAUUCUAGA